AUGGUGUUCGGAUUCGAAUUGCUCACUAGAAGACAAAAGUUUUCAAUCAGACGGAUUUCAAUCAUCUAUGAAACAAGAAAAAUCCUUCUGUAUUUAGGCUUUUGUUGCCUGUCAGAUCCCAUUGAAAUUGAGUACCAACAAAAUGAGUUUGAUACAAUAGUUGUCUGUAAGAGAAAGAAAUUUCGGAAUCAGGCGAAGAAUCAGGACUUUGUGGCAGUAUUCCAUGAAGAUUUGAAAGCAAUCUUGGCUUGCGAGAAUGCUGAAAUGCGAGAACUUCAUCUUGGGUUACAAGAGUCUGAAGAUCAGGAACAAUCUCAAAAAGAACAAGUUCUAUUUCCAAUUGGACAACGCAUUUUUGAGUACUUGAGUAAUGAAUUGGUAUCCAGGAAUGACAAGGUUAAGAUCAAAAAUGCAUCGUUGGAAAUAACCGACAGCAACCAAUUGAUGUCGGUUCUUCCAUAUUUGGAUUCUGAAACUUUGAAAAACGUUGAAUUGGCGUUGAGAAGAAAUGACGACGCAGUGGACAUUGACAAUGUUGUGAAGUCUGAUGCAUUUAAUGGAAAAACGGGAUUGGAGAUGUAUGUGGCAUUAAAUAUUAUUACUCGAAAAGGAUUGGAAACAUUGAGAGAGGCGUUCACAAGUACACCCACGUUCAAGACAGUCAGUAUUUGUUACGAGCAAAUUGACCACGAAGGAUUACACAUUUUUCUACAAAACCCAAACCGGCUCCUUCAGUUGGACGGCCAAGAAGUUCUAAAAAUUACUCAUUGUCAACAGUCUAACAGAAUCUGGUUUUCCCGGAUUCUCAACGAGUCACCUAAUCAAAAUCGCAAAGAAAAAACGCCUCAAAAUCUGUUGUCAGAAAUGUUCGAGAACCCCGUCAUCUUAAAAACUAUUCUCAAAUAUGUAGGUUGUGUUGACAUGCAAGCUCUUCGCAAAGUUUCCAGCAAAAUCCGCAGAGAAAUCAUCUCCAUCAGACAAGAUCCCAGAAUACAAAGAAUUAAUAUUUCUGCGCAUGGAAAUGAAUUAAUUUUGGUUACUUACGACGACUCUCCACAAAUCUCUUAUGAAUCAUCGGAGGAUGAAUGUUAUGUUGGGUCAAACCAUGUACCUGGUAACUUCCGAGAGAUUUUCAUGAAUGACUUCAAAACUAUGCUGCAAAAUCAAGAAAUGAUCGUCAAAGUCGUCCAUCUUAAUUUUUCAAAAGACUUAUUAUGUCUGGAAUUGUUCAGAGAUCAUUUACGCUCACGGAAUCAAUUGCUGAAAGUGGAAAGACUAGAACUAGAAAUUCUCAGUCAAUUCGAAAUUACUUCUAUUCUUCCAUUUAUUGAUUCAUCCACUCUUAAAUCUAUGGAACUCAGAUGCUCAGGACCAACAAGAUUCGACAUAUUAAUUGCCAUCGAUGAUGUUACGGAAUUGGAUCAAUGGACAAGUUUGCAAAGUUUUGUAGCUAACUCACUUGUCAUUUACACACCGAUCAGAGAAAUUUAUAUCGACAAUUUGGAAAAUGCUGAUAUUUUAUUGGACACUAUUAGGAUGGAUGAUUUGUUGUACUUGAAAGAGAAGUUCCUCCACUCCAACAACUUGAUUCGAUUCAAAAUCGGCUUCAAACAUUUCUCGAUUUCCGACAACGGUAAUCAGCAAUGGCCAGGAUUCGAUCAACAUCAUCCUAACGCUUGGUUGUGCCCAACUCCAGCACCUGAUCAAGUUCUUUCUGUCUUCUAUUCUCCAUCAAAAUUUGUAAUAUUCUCUCGUGUUGACCAGUCGUCCAUUCCUGAAAAUGGUGCUCUUGAAUUGGGCGCUUAG